UUGGCGGAGGCACGGUUGAGAUGGUGACUUGCUCUGACCAUCCCUGGCAUUCCAGGAACCCAUCCUACAUCCACGAGAUACUUGAGGAUGGCAUAGUCCCCUUUCAUAGCAUCCUGGCUUUGGGGUGCGCUCUGACAACCCACAAGCAGCUGUAUACUUCUCAGGAGCACGUCUCACACCAUACCACCCGGCUUACAGCACACCUCUACCAGCUGCUCUCCUCCCUUCGCCACCCUAACGGUGUCAAAGUGUGCGAGAUCUACCGAGACCCAGCGGCGGAGUACGGCAACAGUACGACCCAGGGGUCCAUCGUCGCCUUCAACAUCUGCUCCGACGAAGGGCGAUGGCUCCGGCUCUCGCACAUUGAAGAGGCGGCCAACGAGCACCGCAUCCACCUCCGCACAGGCUCAGUCUGCAACCCCGGCGGACUCGCAAAGCUCCUCCAGCUGGAUGAAUGGGAGUUGUUCCAAAACUACACAGCGGGGGUACGUUGCGGCUGUCGCAGCGUGCUUGUGGGGCACAAGCCUUCGGGCAUCAUCCGCGUGAGCCUGGGGGCGAUGAGCACCGUGAACGACGUCGAGCAUUUUGUAGGGUUCGUGCACCAUCUGUUCGGAGCAGGCGCCUUUCCUCUGCUGGUGCCAACGUCCCCGUCCAAUCCUCCUACUUCCCAGCACCUUCAUGUGCAUACCCUGAUGAUUUAUCCGAUCCACGGCGCUGCCGCAUACACAAUCCCCGCGCAUCAGUCGUGGCAUCUCACCUCGACAGGGCUGCAGUGGGACCGACAAUGGUGCCUGGUCAACCUGCAGACAGGCUCCGCCCUCGACCAACGCCAUGCGCCGCGUCUCCUACUCCUCCAACCGAUGAUAGACGCCGUGCACGGCAUCCUGCGCAUUACCGUGCACCACUCGCUGCGCCGGCGCAACCCCAAACUACGGCAGUCGAUGACUGUGCCUUUACAUGACCCGGGGCGAGAUGUCCAGGUACCCAAAGGCAAUCUCUAUCAGUGCCAGGCAACCAGCCUCGGCAAGCUCCAUGGCCCUGAGGACGGCACCGGCCUGCUCCGGCUGUUCCACUCACCAGAUCUGGUCGCUUUCUUCACCGCGGCGCUCGGCGUCCCGUGCACGAUGGCCCGAUUCCUCGACCCAGCGGACUGUAUUUCUCCCGCAUGGAGAACGCUCCCCGAACAGCAGCCGAUGGCGGAGGUCCAUGUCUCGCCAUCCGAUCAACCGCUUCUGUCGCUGCCGCCCGAACAGACCCAGACUAUUCCGCAUGAGGAGUCGCAAGAUGGGCAGCCAUCACGUCGUUCCCUCCCAGUGGCCCUGACCGAGACACUGCGUGCCAAUGCCCUGCUGGCUUCGGAUACUGCUACUGCUGCUACUCCUGACAACCGUCAGUGGUGUCUGUUACAGUUCGGGCCCCGAGAGCAGCAGGCGCAAGCGAGCAUCGUCCAGUUUGGACGGAUGAAAGCGGUGGCUAUCACGGCGGAGCGACAGAGCCCGGAGAUCUUUGAGCGGACGAGUCCAGUGGUGAAGAUAGUGUGGAGAGAGGGGAACGAAGGAACGCUUUCAGUGCGUGCAGGACAACCGUUGGUACUACGGGAGUGAACCGUUCGGUUGCUUCUAAGCCCUAAUGAUUUGAGCACUCUGAAGUAGUGCUGCGGAGAGCUGGGAUAGUUGUCAAAGCCAGGAUAAGCCCUUCACAGAUCAAACAGUUGACAGUGGUUGUGGUCUCGCUCUCUAGGCACCAUUCACUCACUUUGAGUUGUAGAAGCUGGACUCAUUUUCUUGCAUGUGUAUUUUUGAAGGCAUUGUGCCAGUGUUAGGUUUUGCAGUUUUCGUUCUCGAUUCCAUGAAGAUCAUCUGCUGUUGGCUUUCCAUAUAUGCUUCUCUCUGAUUCCGGUUGCCGAUAGGAGAAAGAGUUGGGCAAAAAAUCUGAUAGAU